AUGUCUCUUACAGCUGAUUCUUUGAAGCAAAUAAUACAGCAGCGUUUGGAGGCUAGCUUAGUUCAAGUGGAAGACAUGUCAGGAGGGUGUGGUCAGGCUUUUGCAGUUAUCAUUGUUUCCAACAUUUUCCAGGGAAAGAACAAGUUGCUUAGACACCGAUUGGUGAACAAUGCUCUUAAGGAGGAGAUAGCUCUGAUCCACGCAUUUACUCAGAAGGGAUUCACUCCCGAAGAAUGGUUGAAUCAAGGUGGUAUUUUGUAG